UAUGGGUUUGCUGUCUGUAGGAAGUGAUUGUGAAAGGAUUACGAAGACCUAAUGGAGAAACGAGUAAAGUUAACAGUCGUUUUGUCAGGAUCAUUGAGCACCACUAAACUUUUACAUAGUGUUACGGUGUCAGCCGGGAUAACUGCUGUACAUAGCUUACUGUAAUUAGCACGGACUAUGGCUCGAUAUUUAUUUUUUCAAGUGUUAUGGCUGUUUCCCUUCUUGUUACUCUGCAGUUUACCUUUCCAGAUGUGCCUGGAAAACCCCAAUACAGUAACAUUGCCAGAAACCCUGCUGUUCGUUUCAACUCUUGAUGGAAGUUUGCAUGCUGUCAGCAAAAGAACAGGUGCUAUCAAGUGGACCUUAAAGGAGGAUCCUGUACUCCAGGUUCCAACACUUGUUGAAGAGCCAGCAUUUCUUCCUGAUCCCAAUGAUGGCAGCCUGUAUACUUUAGGUGGAAAAAAUAAUGAAGGUCUGACGAAAUUACCAUUUACAAUCCCAGAACUGGUUCAAGCUUCACCUUGCCGAAGUUCCGAUGGUAUCUUAUACAUGGGAAGGAAGCAAGACAUCUGGUACGUGGUGGAUCUCAUGACAGGAGCAAAACAGCAGACAUUAACAUCGUCCUUUGCUGAAAGCUGGUGUCCUUCUACAUCACUCUUGUAUCUUGGACGUACAGAAUACACCAUUACAAUGUAUGACACAAAAAGUAAAGAACUGAGAUGGAAUGCUACGUACUUCAACUAUGCUGCUACUCUGCCUGAUGAGGAAACAGAAUACAAAAUGGCUCAUUUUGUGUCUAACGGAGAUGGCCUGGUAGUGACUGUGGACCAUGAAUCUGGAGACAUCUUAUGGAUUCAGAACUAUGCUUCCCCAGUUGUGGCUUUGUAUGUUUGGCAGAGAGAAGGUCUGAGGAAAGUAAGGCAUACCAAUGUUGGUGUGGAGACCCUUCGAUACUUAACAUUCAUGUCUGGAGAGGUUGGGCGCAUAACAAAAUGGAGGUAUCCUUUCCCCAAGGAAGCAGAGACCAAAAGCAAGCUAAUGUCAACACUUUAUGUUGGAAUGUAUUCAACCAGCCUCUAUGCUUCACCAUCACUGGUGCAUGAAGGGGUGACUAUUGUGCCUCGAGGUAGAGAUUUUCCAUUACUGGAGGGCCCUAAAACAGAUGGGGUAACAAUUGAAGAUGAUGGCGAGUGUUUUAUUACACCUAGUACCGAUGUGAAACUCUCACCAGGAGGAAUGAAAGAUGGGGAUAAAUUCAACUACUUAAGGAUUCAUUGGCUCUUAAUAGGACAUCAUGAAUUACCUGUAACAGCCCCAGUGCAGAUCUUGGAGAAGUUUCCAGAGAAUUUGCCAAAGCACCCUGAAAAUGUGAUACCUACUAACACAGACAAAAAGAAGUUUGAAGAGGCUAUAAAAAUGGAUGAAGAAUCACCUGAAGAGCUGCACACUAAUGUGGUAAAAGAUAUCAAAGAGAUGCCUUCUCGGCCUCAGCUCAGACCUGAAGCCCCUGUCGACUCUGUGUUAAAGGAUAUGGCCACAGUCACAUUUUGUACAUUUUUGCUGGCAGGCUGGGUAGUGUUUGUUAUUACCUACCCAAAGACUGUUAAACAUCAGCAGGAACUCCAACACCAGCAGUUCCAAAAACAGUGGGAGGAGAAGAUCCAGCUUCUUCAGAAACAGCAACUCCUCUUCCAGCCUCCUACUGACCUAGGCCAGGAAACUGAACUCACUGAUAUAACCCGGGUACGCAGUGGGAGCUCUGCCACCAGCACACCCAACACAUCUCCUAAAGCAUCCAACCAUUCCAAUCUCUCCAUUUCUGAACUGGGCAGCUCCAUCACAGAACAGGAGGAUGGAGAUGAAGAUUCCAGCAUGGUAGCAGUUGGGAAGAUUUCUUUCAACCCAAGAGAUGUGCUGGGUCAUGGUGCUGAAGGGACCAUUGUAUACAGGGGAAGAUUUGAUAACAGAGAUGUUGCAGUCAAAAGAAUUCUACCAGAAUGCUUCAGCUUUGCAGACCGAGAGGUGCAGCUACUUCGCGAGUCUGAUGAGCAUCCCAGUGUAAUCCGGUACUUCUGCACAGAGAAAGACAAACAGUUUCAGUACAUUGCAAUUGAACUGUGCACUGCCACCUUGCAGGAGUAUGUGGAGCAAGCUGAUUUUAACCAUUACAAUCUGGACCCCAUUACCCUCUUGGAACAGACUAUGUCUGGUCUUACUCAUCUGCAUUCUCUCAACAUAGUCCACAGAGAUCUGAAGCCUCACAAUAUUCUUAUCUCCAUGCCUAAUGCUCAUGGCAUAGUCAAGGCCAUGAUCUCAGACUUUGGUCUGUGCAAGAAACUUGCGGUGGGCAGACACAGUUUCAGCCGAAGGUCUGGUGUACCAGGCACUGAGGGGUGGAUUGCCCCAGAGGUGCUGAAUGAAGAUUGCAAAGAAAAUCCUACAUGCACAGUAGACAUUUUUUCUGCUGGUUGUGUGUUCUACUAUGUUGUUUCGAAAGGCAGUCAUCCGUUUGGCAAGUCCCUGCAGCGGCAAGCCAACAUCCUUUUGGGUGCUUAUGACCUUGAGCACUUAAAGCCUGACAGGCAUGAAGAUAUUAUUGCUCGCAGUUUAAUAGAGCAGAUGAUUAAUAUGGAUCCUCAGAAGCGACCAUCCUCUGAGAGGGUACUUAAACAUCCUUUUUUCUGGAGCUUAGAAAAACAGCUUCAAUUCUUUCAGGACGUGAGUGACAGAAUAGAAAAAGAGCAGCUAGAUGGUCCAGUUGUUAAACAGCUUGAAAAAGGAGGAAGAAGUGUUGUGAAAAUGGACUGGAGAGAAAACAUCACUGUUCCUCUCCAAACAGAUCUGAGAAAGUAUAGAACAUAUAAAGGAGGAUCUGUAAGAGAUCUGCUACGAGCAAUGAGAAAUAAGAAACACCACUACAGGGAGUUGCCUCAAGAAGUACAAGAGACAUUAGGUAUGGUCCCAGAUGAAUUUGUGAAGUAUUUCACAUCUCGUUUCCCUCACCUUUUACUUCACACUUACCUUGCUAUGCAGAUCUGUAGUCAUGAACGACUGUUUCAGCCUUAUUAUGAUAAGAGCACUGCAGAUCUACGACAUUCAGAACUGCCUUUGCCUGUUGCUGGACUUGAUGUCUGAGGAUGGAGUGAAUUAUUUUCUCCAAAAACUAGCAUUCCUGUCAUGCUGCUAUUUAUUGUGACCAUUGUAGGAGGAGUAAAUGGAUUAUGUUUGGCUACAACUUUGUGAGACUUACGAAGAAAAAGUAUGCCAAGCUGGAAGUAAGUGCCUUGUACUGCCUGUUUAAGGCUGGAAAAAAAGAGAGAGGCUAUCUUCAUCUUGGAAGAAGUAUUAAAAGUAGUACAUGGAUUGUGGUAGCAGAGCAGCUUUUGGAAACCAGGAGCAACACAAAUUAAUUGUAAAACUGUUGCUAAGUAAUACUACCUACCUGUUGCUCUUUUCUUUGAUGAGAAAGUUUGCAUUUCUCCUCUUCUCUGUUACCAUCAAAGUAUCCACUGUAUAUGGUAUUUAAUAACUGAUUUGGGUUGUGUAUGACAAAAAAAAGUUGUAACACGAAGUCUAAGGCGAAGAAGCUACUCUGAAGGACAUGUUGAGUUUUUAACAGUGUACAUUACAAAUAGUACUAAUGAUUAGUCUGAAUGUAAACAGGGACUGGAAAAUGCCAAAGCAUAUGGAGGAAUGUGACCAGGUCAUAUGCAUUUUUCCAUCAUUCAGGAUUCUGAACUUAAACAGUUAGUUGACAUCAGUGUACGGUUGAAGAUGGCUGUUUUUCAGUUGUCUGUAAGUAUUUCGGUGUUCGCAGUCAACAGUGUUUUCACAUACAUUACUGCCUGCUAAUUACUGGCGUAUAUAGAAUUUUCUGAAGAUUGAGUAAUCUUUUCAAUGAUAACUACGUGCCUGACAUGUCCUCCAAAGUGAUAUUUUUUCAUAUAAAUAUUUCGUUGUCAGGCUAAAAUUGCAGAGUCAUGCUUUUCCAGUGCUUUGUAAUAUUUUUUUGCAUACUGUGAGCAUCUGAUCUGCUUUUUUUUUAACAAUUCACAAAACUGAAACUAUUUUUUUUAAAACCGCAUCUCAUCAUGUACAUAAAACAAUUUCAUAUGAUGUCUGGCACUGCCACAGGCAUUAUAUGAGGGUUUGGGACCGGCUUGUCUUAUGCAUUGUGUAUAUUGUAUUUUUUUAUGAUUUGUCUAGGAAGUACAUUUUUAUUAAAAUAUAUAUAUAUAUUUAAAUUAAAAAUUUUAUUAUAGAGUGGCAAGAAUAUUGAAAAUAUGUAUGCUUGGUGGUCAUUUGAAAGUUUAUAAAGUAGUGAAAUUAUUAUUUUGUAAUUAUGAGCUGUAUUCUAAAACUUUGUUUAGUCUUCAUUUGUAGAAAUUACUUAAAAUGUCUCAUGAUCUGUUUAAGGAUGCAGUAUGCCUUUUUAAUAUCAAGAAAAUCUAGUAUAAAAAGUUUAAAAAAAUGAUUUAACAUUUGUAUGUUAAUGAAAUUAGUCUUGUAGCUAUAAACCUUUAGCAGCUUGCAUAUGGGGUCAGAUUCAUGAAUACCCACACUUUGUGUACAUUAAGUUUACACCAUUCUGAGGGAAUAAAAUCCACAAACAUAACCACUACCUUAUUCGUCCUAAUUUUUUCAUACUAAUUUUCUGCAGCCUUAAAUAUCGAGGGAGGUUCAUAAAGGUUAACACAAAGUGUAGACUUGUGUACACUUAGUGUAAUCUUUCUGAGGGUAUAGACAGCACAAGUAAUGUGGUAGGGAUGUUCUUGAAUGCAGAAUGUGGCCAAUGUUUUUUCCUUUGGUUACAUGUUUAAUGUAAAUUUAAGCAUUCCAUGUCAUGUGGCCCUAGAGCUUUUUUUAAAAACAUUUUAUUACUGCGUUACAGUGCAGUCAAGAUGCUAGGAGAAUGAGUUAUUCCUUUUAAUUUCAGCAGUCCCAAGUAUAAUAUGGCUGAGUAAAACCCCCCAGUGCUUUUGGGUCACUUGUGAUAUAGUAUUCCCAGUUACCAAAUACCUUAUCUUUGAUAUGUUUUCAUAAUUGUCAAAUUUUAGAUUUUUUUGUUUAUCUUGCAGCCUUUCUGUUAACUUAUAAGAGGUUUCUGUAUAGAAUGCCCCCUAGCAUUCUAAAGUAAAUAGAUCGUACUGAUAGCCAAAUUAAAAAUUGCACUUUAUUACUUCACAUAUUACCAAAAUUAAAAAAGGUAGUUAUUUUUUUAGAAAAACGUGCAGUUGAAGCCUAAGUAAAAGGCAUAUGACAGAAUGUCACUAGUGUGCACUACAACUUUUAACUUUUUGCUUCACAAAUGUAGCAGGCUUUUGAUACUUUUAUAUUAAAUAUACUGUAUAAGCCACCUUUUACUAUAAUUCAUCCUGUAUUAUUUGCAUAUAUUUAUUUUAUUUAUUGUAGUUUAGUAGCACUUGGUAUCCUUGAGGAUCCAAAAGCAUUAUUUUAAUGGACUUUAAUGCUUCAGAUUGCAUAUACGUAAAACAAAUCCUUGCUAAUUGAAGGUGUGCACUCUUCAGAUGAAAAGGUCGACUAAAUAAAAUGGUUUCUUCAUGUUGUGCUGCUAAAAUGUUCUGGUUAAAAGUUACUAAAGGAUUGUUUAACAUUAAUUUAGGUGUUGCAUGAAGGAAGAAGUUCUUGCAGAAGUAUUGUUUAUAGGUGCCUCUAAGGAUCUGGUUAGAAAUUAGAAAUGAUAAAAAAAAAUAAAUAAAUAAAAAGGUAAAAAUACAAAUUAAACGUUUGAGUUACGACUCACCCCUCCUCACUCAAAAAGUAGUUACCAAUGGAGUUAUUUUGUAGCAGUAAAUUUAAUACGUUAAAAGUUUAUCAGCUAUUAGUGCCACAACUUAGCAUACACCAUCUGUCUCAAAAUAAACAUUUGGCGGCAUCUACCCACAGGAGUACACCAUUUAGCUAAUAAUUUUUCAACUGGAAACUCAGACACUAGCUUAGCAUUAUUUUCUUUUAACACGUAAAAUAGUAGCCUUCACUUUGUUUUUUGGUUUGUUUGUUUUUUUUUAAUUUAAUUUUGUUGCUCAAAGUCAUGCUGGCGCUAUAUCUUUCCAUACAGCACAACAUCGGUAUCUGGGUAUUCAGUGUGAUGAGUUAAGGUACUUGUCAUGACUGUAACUGCCAGCAUAUGGAAAGUAAAAUACAGUGUUUGCAGGGAAAAUGUAAAAUGGGCUAACCGCCAGUUAAAUAGUGGUCCUCUUUAACCUCCCCACCAAAAGAGUCAUACUGCAUCCUUAAAUUAAAGGGUAGGAAAUAAUGUUAUUUUGUUGUAUAUAAGGAAAUCAGUUGGCUGAAUGAAAUGUUUAUAUGUAGUAGUAUUGUCUCCCCGUUAAGUUGUUCUGACAUGUUUGUGUUAAGUGUCUGUUAGCAAUUUUCUGCAACUUGAUAUCCAGUGCACUGUUUAGGAUUGUAGUGCUUGUUAUAAUUAUCAGUGGUGUUUAGUUUGUCUUUAUCAGAGGGAUGCUAAUUACAUAUUUUUUAAGUUUUGAUGGCUGAAAAUUGAUUUUAGUUUUUUUUUAUACAAAAUUCAUAUUUUUUAUAUUUAUUGUUCAGUAUGUUUUCUAUGUGAAUGAAUGUGUUUUGUUUAUAAUGGGAAUCUGAAAAUAAACUUGAAAAAUGUG